AUGCGAAGCAGUGCGUCGUGUACGGCCAUAGCGGUCUGCCUCAUCUGCGCAGCGGCCACCCGCGAAACGACCGCUUAUGGCAGUCCAGAGGUCCACUGCACUCGCAGCAGCGACUGUGGCGAUGUGCCGGCAUUGGCCUGCGUCGCAAACAAGUGCGAGUACUGCCGCCCUGAGGCCAACGACUGCAGCACGGACGGCAUCAAGCGCUGUCGCGUCUUCGAGACUCUGGACGAAGUGACUGGCGAAAUGAAGACGCAGCUCGCGUUGAACGCCGUGGGGGAGACGGUCGAAGUUGCUUACUGCAUCGACAAGGACCUGUUCGACCCCUUCACGUGGACGGACGUGGUCGCAACGAUCAUUGCUUUCGUGAGCACUGCACUGGGCUCCGGCUGUGGCGUUGGCGGUGGAGGGCUUCUCGUGCCCUUUUACAUCUUCUUCUACGGACUGAGCCCCAAACACGCCAUCCCGCUGUCCAAGGCCACCAUUUUCGGCAACGCCGUGUCUGCGUACAUCUUCAACUUCAACCGGAAACAUCCGAUGAACGCCGACUACCCGCUCAUCAACUACCAAGUGGCGGGCGUCAUGGAACCCACGACGCUGAUUGGCGCCAUCUUUGGCGUCAUGAUGAAUCAGAUGUUCCCGGCCUGGUUCAUCCUGGUGCUCCUUGUCUCGCUGCUUUCGUACAUCACGUACAAAACUGUGCUCAAGGGGAAUAAGAUUCACGAGAAAGAGACUGAACAGCAGCUCGCACUUGUCAAGUCGGUGUUCAAGGGUCGUCCUGACGGCGGUGGUCGUGGUCGCCAGUGGUCGAUUUACCGGCGCUUCAAUGUGGAGAUUGCUGCCCAGCGAUGGCUUGCAAAGACCCGUCGCAACAAGAAGCUGCGCCAGAUCAAGCUCGAAGACGAAGAGGACUUUCGAUCCCUGCCACCACUACCAGACCAGGGGCUGUCUAGCUCUACAUCGUUGCUGGGUGCAGCAGGGAAGCGGGAUUUUGGCAGCUUCGUCCCGGAUGACGACCAGAUUUCGAUGAGGCGCAAGACCAUUGAGCGGCAAGCGAUGCGAACGUUACCGCUCAAGUACGUCAUCCCGUUAGUGAUUUCAUGGCUUGUGGUGCUGAUUCAGUCCAUGCUGCGCGGAGGACACGGGGCCCCCAGCAUCAUCGGAGUCACUUGCAACUCUGCGAGCUACUGGAUGGUCACAUUCUUGCCGCUGUCAAUCUUGGUUGCAAUCACGCUUUGGGUGGGGCAUCAGUUGCGCCUACUGAACCGCCUCAAGGUCCUCAGUGACCACCCGUUCGUUCCAGGCGAUAUUCACUGGACCAAGCGUCGCGUUCUGGUUUUCCCGAUAUUGUGCACCUUGGCAGGCGUGGCCGCUGGUCUGCUGGGUAUCGGAGGCGGCAUGGUGAAGGGUCCCAUCAUGCUCGAGAUGGGUAUCCUGCCCCCUGUACAGUCAGCUACUGCCAACUUCAUGAUUCUCUUCACCUCUUCGUCGACCACGAUACAGUUUGCCAUCAAUGGGCAGUUCCCGGGCGAGCGUCAGUACGACUACAUGGCGUGGUUCGCGCUCAUGGGCUGCUUGGGUGGCUUGUGCGGCCAAAAGGGGGUGGCACACCUGAUCAAGAAGUACAAGCGUGAGUCGAUCAUGGUCUAUCUACUGGCAGCGACCAUCGGUUUGUCGACUGUCGCCAUGGGAGCUAUUGGCUUCAAGUCUGCAAUGAGGGACCUGAAGUUGGGCAUGCACCUCGGAUUCAACGGAAUCUGUGACAAACAGUGA